UGAGAGGAACACGCUCUGGUCUAUCUCCAGCCACAGCUCCCGGGCCCAUGGCGUCCCCCUUCCCCACCACAGCCUGGGGGCCGCUUUCCGGCAAUGCCACCUCACCCGUGGCCAACAACAGCAGCACACCCACCUCCAACAUCCUCGACCAGCUCUCGGUGGCCAUCUUCGUGGUCUCCUCCCUGCUGGGCAUGGUGGGCAACGGCCUGGUAAUCUGGGUCACCAGCUUCCGCAUGCGCCGGACAGUCAACUCGAUCUGGUUCCUGAGCCUGGCGCUGGCCGACCUGCUCUACUCCCUGCUGCUGCCCUUCUACGCCGCCAAGGCCGCCGCCGCCAAUCUCUGGGUCUUUGGCAACUUCCUCUGCAAAGCUGUCAAUGCCCUCCUCUUCCUCAGCAUGUUCGCCAGCGUCUUCCAGCUGACGCUCAUCUCAACCGAUCGCUGCCUGCUGGUGGCCCGGCCCAUCUUGGCCCAACGGUUCCGAAAGCCGCGCUGGGCCUGGGGGGCAGCCGGCGUGGCCUGGCUGCUGGCCGGGGCUUUCUCAGCCCCCUACCUGGUCUUCCGGCAGGUGCUCUACCGGGGCAAGCGCUGCGUCUGCAGCAACAAUUUUGGGGAGGGGGUGACGGGGGAGGCGCGGAAGCAGGCCCUGAUCGUGGUGCGGUUCGUGGCCGGCUUCCUGGCGCCGCUGGUGGUCAUCACGGCCUGCCACGCGGUCGUGAUGCUGCGGGCCGGGCACCGGGGCCGCCGGCCCAACCGUACGGCCAAGGUGGUGGCUGCCGUGGUGUUGAGUUUCUUCCUCUGCUGGCUGCCCUACCACGUCUUCAACUUCCUCCAUGGCUCGGCAGGCAACAAAGCAGCCAUCAAGAUGGGCUCCUCCCUGGCCUUCAGCCUCACCUGUCUGAGCUGCUUCCUCAACCCCCUGCUCUACGCCUUCCUGGGCCGCCGCUUCCAGGAGGGGCUGCGGGGUAGCAGCCGCGCCCGCUGGCUGGAGGCCGCCAUGGCCGAGGACUCGCAGGGCUCGGGCAGCGGACGCCGGCGCAAGCGCUCGCGGGGCUCCACCACCUCCUCUGAGCUGCGGAUAAUGCAGCCAUGA